UAUUCACAGCAGUCUCUUGUAACAGUCCCCCACAACACCUGCAAUAUCACACACGUGUGGACUGGGAGCAGAAGACGCAAUCCUAAAGUCUGUUUGUCUGUACUGCUGGCUACAUGUGGGAGAACUGACAGCUGGUUGUUAUACAGGACGACACUAGAUAUAGCCAUGCAGUCUGUCUACAUUGUAGCAGUAUACAUCCUCGGCCACGUCGUCGUUCAGUGCACAGCGCAUGAAGCGAACAUAACGAAACGCCAGGCUGCGACCAGUAAGCGGCUGGUUCACUCCCCGCUCUUGUCCCAGAAUAUGUACCCGAACAACCCCAUCAUGUUGGAGGCGCCCAGUCACUUCGCUACUCCAGGACGUCUACUCAAACCAUAUUCAAUAGAGGAGUACCUGGCCGGAGGUUACAGCAAAUGGGGAGGUUAUGAGAGAGAAAUGUUUCAGCCUGACGGGAGCGUUAUUCUUGAGUUCGACAUGAAGAUAAGUCGACAGGAAUAUGUUGCAUAUUAUAGUGGCAACGACAUGCCAUUGGUGCAGAGUUCACCGCCGCUCGACUCCCCAAUACCCAACAGAAAGCCUUCGCCAACCACCAAGAUGAGAUUCAAGAGAAAAGCUUUGCGUCUAGCUAACACUCGCUGGCCCGGGGGAAUUGUCCCUUAUGAUAUUUCAAUUGAUUUCACACAAAGGGAAGCCGAGAUUGUCAAGCGGUCCAUGAAGGCGUGGGGGGAACGUACUUGCAUCCGGUUUGUUCCCACGCGGCCCUAUCACCAGAACGUUCUCAGGGUACAAAGCGAGAGGGGCUGUAACUCAUUUGUUGGAAUGGUCGGAGGUGCGCAGCAACUAAAUCUGGAACGAGACUGUAGAGUGGAGCACGUCAUCACACACGAGCUAGGUCAUGUGAUCGGUCUAAUUCACGAGCACCAGAGGACGGAUCGUGACAAAUACAUUAAUAUCCUCCCUGACAACGUCGGCUUCAACAAACUGAAAAACUUCCGCAAGUUUCUGCCGGAGAGAGUGUCUAAUUUCGGCGUGGAAUACGACUACACGUCUAUCAUGCACUAUGGAAAAAAUGCUUUUUCUAAGGACGAUAAAUCAGUAACCAUGGUGACGGUAGACCAUCGAUUCCAGGAUAUUAUCGGCCAUGCUACAGCCAUUUCAUUCUCUGAUGCCAAGACUGUCAAUUUGAUGUACAACUGUGCAAAAGCUUGCAGGUCUGUAGCUGUUUCGUGUGGCAAAGGAUAUAUGGACCACAACUGCCACUGCGUUUGUCAAGAUGGUACCAAGAGUUGCAUCAAAAAGGUGAUGCAGCGCACAAGGGGGAAUUUAAUACAUAGAAACACGGGCCAGAGAAUCAUACCCCAGCCGAACGUGUUUUUCCCAGGAAUUGGCAGUCCCAUCAUACAGUCUCCUUCAUUGUUCAGAAACAUUUUCCUUCCCACCUCUCGAAAUGUGGGGAGGCCAUUACAGUCGUUCAGGAACCUGUUUCCGCCGAGCGCACAGAGGUAUUUCCGGCAGAACCCGAACUUGUUCAGACAGAUCAUUGGACGUGUUGCUCAGAAACCUACAGUACAGCGACCCGCCACCCGGAAUCGCUUCUAUCAACCCGCCAUCUUUUACCCCAUCAGUAAAUUCGCCACAACUCCAGCCGGACGACCAAUGCAAUUCUCCGGUAACCAACGCGUUUAUCCACAGUCAGGGUCGCGUUUCCUCAUGUUCCCGAAUCAGCAGGUUCAACUGCUACCCAGGAUCCGGAGGGAACCUGUAACCAAUAGCAACCGCAGAUUUGAUCACAGAGUUGGCCGGCGCGGAAUAUCUUCUCAUAGUAACAUUGACAUGCGCCCAGGAUAUUCGCACGCGAGUCAACACUAAGCAUAAACUGAUUCAACACUAUGUUUCGUGAACCGUGUUUUGUUUUAUAACACGAUUUAUCUCAGUCGAUAGAGCGCUCAGGUGCUUGGGUUGCUGGGUCGAAUCUGCAAGAUAUACCAAAGGCGGUGGUAUGUUGUAUGCUGCCUGUGGAAAAGUGCAUAUCAAGGAUUCCUUGGUGUUAAUGCAAGAAUAUAGCGGGAUUCCACUGGUCAGAAUUAAUGUCGAUUAUAUUAAUGGGCUCUAGUGGUAUCGUUGAACAAUACCUAUGGUUUCUUUAAUUUUAUUUAUAUGCAUUGCUUUGUCAUAGAAUAUAGGGUCGUUUGAAGAAUGGAAUUAAAAAUGAAAAUAAUGUA